AUGUCCGACUCGCAAUCCUCCUCCUCCCGCUUUCUAGCCCCCGCUCCUGGCCAGCCCCCAACUGCCAAGGUGGCGGACAAUGUAGUUCAGGGUCGCAAGCACAAGACCACUGCCUGCAAGGCGUGUAAACAGAAGAAGCUCAAGUGCAGAGGUGAUCCACCAUGUCAACACUGCGUGGCAAACGGCAUCCCGUGCCUGGUCGACGAGAUGGCCGACAUGCGUCGCAAAUACGCCAUGAAGCGGGAAAUUGGACCUGAGAGCAAACGUCUCGCUCAGCUCUUGAAUCUCAUCCGGAGUAAUGCCUCCUUCGAGGAGCUCCAAAUCUUCCUGGAGCAACAAUUCACCGGGCGCGAAAUCGAAUUGUCCCCAGAACUGCGCGAGAUCCAAAGUCAAAUAUCUCGCCCCUCCGACGAUGAUGAGGAGGCGCAACCGCCUUCGCAACCCCGAUCCUCCCGCCGCGUUCUGGAUGUCCGCCGUCUCGCCGAUAAUCCCGUCUAUCAAGUUCCUGCGAAGCCGUGGACAACGGUCACUGACGACGGUGACCUGGUGUCUCACCUCGUUUCGCUGUGGUUGACCUGGACCUAUCCGUUCUUCCACUGGCUGGAUAAGGAUGCUUUUCUACGGGACAUGCGGGCCGGCAAUCUCGACUGCCGGUUCUGUUCCCGCUUCUUGGUCAAUGCCAUUCUCUCAGAGGCUUGUUACUACUCUGACUAUGCCGAAGUGUUCACCGUUCCCAACGACACGCUCACGCGGGGUGAUCAUUUCUACGAAGAAGCCCGUCGGCUCUUGGAAGAAGAGGAGGGAGGAGCUACAAUACCAACUAUCCAAGGUCUAUUGGUUCUGUUUAUCCGGAUGGUCCUGAUGGGCAAAGACCGAUUGGGUUGGAUGUACCUGGAUCUGGCUAUCCGGGGGGCGGAGGAGUAUGCGGAACGCCAUCCUCCCGGGAUAGCCGGCCAGGAGGCAGACCCUGCGUUCGAAGAGGUCGUGAAUAGGACUCUCUGGGGAGCCUUCAAUAUUGCUUCGACGGCGACUGUGUCAUUGAUGAAGCAUAUCAACGUCAACCCCCCGCAGCGUCCACGCAUCCCCGUCACCCACGGCGACCCGCACGAUCUAUGGUACCCAUACCCGCGAGAGGUGGACGCUGUCCGCGGGCAUCACAAUUGUGUUUUCGAUCGAUGGUGCGACUUUUGCUGCAUCAUGAUGCAGAUCAGCCAGGGAUUUCAUGACCCUGAGCACCUGGUUGCCCCGUCGCAGAUGAUCGGGUUUGUUGAUGGCAUCUACAAACAGCUCCAGGAGUGGUACGCUCAUUUGCCACCGUGCUUAAAUGCGGAUGUGGCGACCGUCCCCCACGUUUUGAGUAUCCAUAUGUUUUACCAUACCACCGUCAUGCAGAUCUUUGGGUUUCUCCGAUCCAACCGUGAAGUGGCCCUGGAUGUGUCCACGGCCGCACAUGCACGGCAGCUCUGCCUUUCGUCGGCGCGCCGGGUAGCAGCGCUGCUUCGAGUUCAUCGCGACAAGUGGGGCAUCGACCGGAUGGCGCCGUCGACCAUUCAGUGGUGCAGCAUCGGCAUGUUCACCCUCAUGGAGGCGCUGGACUCAACAGAUAACCGCAACGCCUUCGUUGAGUUGUGCAUCAUUGCCCGGGCGUUCUCACGGCGCUUCCCACUCGCCAAAGGUAUUCUACGCAUGAUACAGCUCUCCGCGACGCAGACGGAGGUGGCUCUUCCUGAGGAGACCGGCGCGCUGUUUACCGACUUCGAGACGCUGGGCUGGAAGCAGCGCGACGCCGAGGAGUUCAGCAGCUUCUACCCGCAUUUUAGCUCGGUAGUGCAGCAGGGGCCGGCGCGCCAGGGGGACGUGGAUAUGGACCAAUUCCUGGCGAAAUGGGAUGGGUUGAGUCUCUCGCAGACGAACCAGGAUUCGGCCGCGUCGGAGUCCGAUUCGAAGCGAGGCAGCUCGGCUGACUGA